UAAAGAAUGGAGACGAAGGAAGAGUUAGAGAAUAUGAACUUGUUCGAGUUGGAUACUACUAAGAAGAAGAAAAAGAAGAAGACGAAGAAGAAGAAGGAUAAAGUGGAAGGUGAAGAUCAGGGAGUGACUGAAGGCACGACGGAAAGCGUUCAGGAGGAUAAGACUGAGAAUCCAUUUGAUGUUGGCGAGAAAUAUGAGUAUAGUGACCUUUUGAAGAGAAUUCAGGAUAAGAUGAUGGCUAAUAAUCCGGAGAUGGGAAGUGGAGUUAAAUUUUCUAUCCCAAUGCCUAAUGUAGGACCUCUUGGAAGCAGAAAGACCAUGUGGGCUAAUUUCAAUGAAAUUAUUACAUCGAUUAAUAGAAAGUCUGAUCAUGUUAAGAGCUUUGUAGAGGCUGAUCUUGGUGUUGAAAGUAACUUGAAUGAAAAGAAGCAAUUGGUAAUCAAGGGAAGAUUCUCUUCACAACAAGUGAAACAAAUUUUAAAGAACUAUCUGAAGGAAUACGUGAAAUGUAACAACUGUAAGAGUCACAACACCGACCUCGAGAAAGAUGCUGCUAUUAGAUCUUACAUCCUCAAAUGUAAAGCAUGCGGAGCUACAAACACAGUGCAAAAAGUCAAGAAAGGAUUCCACAAUCUUAGAAGAGGUGAGAGAAGAAAGAGAUAAUUUAUGUAUUAUUGGCUGGAUUCAUUCAA